UGCGAGACGGACAUCAAUAUGGCGCACACACUGCCAAAGCGGUCCAAUCGGCUUUCUCCAUUCCUGACAGCUGGCCAAUGACAGAGCCCACAUCAGGCUGAAAACUAUUCAACAUGGAGACAACAGUUGAAAAGCUUGAGGCGAUGUUCCUGAAGUCCGAGGCAGACCUGGAGUACAUCGAGAAGCGGCUGAAGCUGGACUUCAUCAACAACGCUGCAGAGAAUGGAUGUCCCGCUGAGGAGAACCCGGCGCUGAUGCUGGAGAAUCUGAGGGCCAUCAAGGCCAAACACACGGCCCUGUGCUCCCAGGUGAAGGAGAUCUCAGCCGCGCAGAAAGAAUCCAUGGCCUCCAUCAGGAGUGACCUCAGCAGUGCCAUGGAGCUGGUCCAGCACCUCCAGCAGACUGCUGAUGUGGAGGUUCCGCCGCUGACGGCGCCGGAGCAGGAGGCAGCGGAGCUCCUGGGUACAGCAGCCAGUGGGACCACAACAGAGAUUGGAGAAGGAUUAAUGGCUCAGCCCUAUCACGGACUCUUGCAGCCUACAGAGGUGCCUCCUGCUGUAGAGGCUUCUGGCCCCCAGCAGCCACUGAGGUGCCUUGUGUGUGGGUGCCGGAUAACAAAGCAACAAAGCGGCGGUAUUGGAAAUAUGAAAGCGCUGCCGUUAUUGGCUGGGGGGGUUACACACCCUUCACGUGGGGCCCAAAGGCUCUUCGAUGACAGCCAGAAUCAUCCCGCACACAGCAAAAUAAGAAGAGGCUGUGAGUACGAGGAGCUGAGCGAAGCCACGUUGGCGACGCUUCCUCCCAGCGUGCGCUCCAACAUCAAGCUGGCCGACCUCAACGCCUUCUACCAGCAGCUGCAGCAGCACCUCGGCAACAACAGCGGCUCCCUCAGUGUGCAGAAGAUGAAGCAGUUGAAGAUGAAGGGGAGCGAUGCCAAGCUGAAGGUCCUGCAGCACCUCUCUUUAGUCGAGUUGGACAGGAAAGGCCACGUUCGUCUCGCCAUGUGAGCUGGAUCAACCAAUGGAGACUGUUAAGUGGGUGGGUGUUGUUACUGGCUGGGCUGGAUUUGGCCGCUCCUCCACCUGUCCCACCUGGAGUAUGGAGGGGGGGGAACUUACUGAAGGAUCAGACUGCAGAGGC